AUGUCUGACUGUCUAUCUUCCGCCUUCGUCUCAUCUCGGCCAGCAUGCGGACUGGGAGAGCCGGGAAAGUCUGCCAAGAUCGUGAACGGGGAAGAAGCCGGUAAGGGGGAAUUCCCGUGGCACGUCGGGAUCACGUACAAGGGCCGCUUCUACUGCGGGGGCGCGGUCAUCAACGACCGGUACGUGCUCACGGCCGCCCACUGCGUCUACGGCAUCAACUCCAACCGGCUGGGGAUCGUCGCGAGGGAGUUCGACCGGGGGAACCCCAACGACCUGGACACCCUCGUGCUCAAGCCGCAGAGGAUCGUGAUCCAUCCGAAUUUCGUGAGGGACACGUUCGAGAACGACGUCGCCGUCGUGAGACUCGACAGGGCCCUUCCGUUGAGCGGGACCGGGGAGGUUCCACCCGUCUGUCUUCCGGGAGCGUCAGAUAUUCACAAUGCCUUCGUGAACGAAACGGGAGUGGUGACCGGCUGGGGAAGAGUCCUCGAAUCGGGUCAGACGUCCAAGACCCUCCAGAAAGUGGGUGUCCCCAUCAUGUCCAACGACGACUGCAAAACCAAGACCUCGUACGAAGCGAAGGAGAUCCUCGACUCGAUGAUGUGUGCUGGAUAUAAGGAGGGAGGGAAAGAUGCUUGCCAGGGUGACAGUGGAGGGCCUUUACAUUGGAAGUCGCCGAGUGGGAAACAGUAUUUGGUUGGGAUCGUCUCGUGGGGACGGGGUUGUGCAAGGCGCGGUCUCCCGGGUGUUUACACCAGGAUCACCAAGUUUUUGCCCUGGAUCUACGACAAUACGCCCGACGGUUGCUAUUGCCGAGAAAGAGAACCGCGCUUCGGCUGAUGGCCGUCUUGUGUUCCCCGUUUGCUUUCGCAAAGCAUGGAAUGUGUGAUAUGUAUUUGACUCGUCCUUUGCGUGUUGACUAUGCCAAAGUUUACGAAUAAAAGACGAUGAUCAUUCUUAAUGUCCUCGAGGACG